GAAGUUUUGCGUCGAACGCUUGAAAAAAAUAUUAUUUUCAGUUGCUUAGAUUUUAGAAUACACCCUCUGAUGAAACACUCGUUAAUUGUUAUAACUAUCAGUACGGGUUACGCAAGUAAAACUACCUUUCCUCACAUCUGUAGAAGUGCAUUUAACGCAAGGAUGCUGUAGCAAGAAUAAAUUAUUUCAUUUGGUUCGCGGGUCUUGCUGCACAUUAUCACCGGUCAGACAAAAAUGCCAGGGGUCGAGAGUUAAACUAUACAGCCUUAAGUCAAUUUGUUUUGCUUCAAAUAAUAACUUUAUAAUGUUAUUUUAAACUAUCAAAAAAUAUAUUAAAGAAUUCAAAUUUUACGAUCAUCGAAAUUAUUUUUUUCAUAAUUGAUUUAUAUCAAAUGAUAUAUAUUUUAACAGAUUUCGAAACUCAAUUCAUAUACAUAUAUUUAACCGCGAUAAACUAAGUUUGAUACUAAUAAGACAGUACACAGUUAUCACCAGCAUGGAUCUAGAUCAGCAUGAAGAAAAUACACACAAUUUUGCACUUGAUUCGAAUACCGACAUGCCGGUUAAAGCAAUAAAGUUGGAUUGCGAAAUAUGUGGGAAACAAUUCAAAACAGAAGCCUCCAGGAAAGCUCAUUUAAAGGCUCAUACUGCGAAGAAGAACUUCGAAUGCAAUAUUUGUAAAAAGAGUUUUCAAUAUAAAUGUUACUUGAGAAACCAUAUGAUAAUGCACACAGCAGAAAAGUCGCAUAAAUGUCAUAUAUGUGAGAAACAAUUUGCCCGAGUCAGUAGCUUGAAGAAACACCUACUCAUUCACUCAGGCACAAUAAAAGAGAAAGUGUUUGGUUGUGACGUCUGUGGCAAGAAAUUCGCAACGAACGCGUAUUUGACGAAUCAUACGUUGAUUCACAUCGGCGUUAAAAUGCAUCAAUGUGGAAUUUGCGAUAAAAAAUUUACUCUUGCGGGAAGCCUCAAAGUACAUUUGAGAAUUCAUUCAAAAGAAAAGCCGUAUGAAUGUGAAACAUGGGGGCUGAAAUUCAGUAGUGCCAGUAAUCGAAACAGCCAUGUAGUGACACGGCACACAGAUGAAAGAAAGCAUAAAUGUGGAAUAUGCUCAAAAGGAUUUGUCUCCAAAAGCAAGCUCGAGUUACAUUUACGUACUCACAUAAAUGACGAAAGAUAUAAGUGUGAGAUAUGCGCUAAGUACUGUAUAGAUACUUACAACUUGAAACGUCAUAUGCUAUCGCAUUCUACAGAGAAGAAACACAAAUGUGAAGUGUGCGAUAAAGCAUUUAGAAGACCCGGAGAUGUUCAAAUGCACUUGCAUGUUCACACAGAUGUGAAGAACUUUGAAUGUAAAAUAUGUGGCAAAAGUUUUAGAAUUUCGGGGCAUCUGAAAAGACACUUGUUUACGCAUACGGAGGUAAGAAAUUGUAAAUGCGAAUUGUGCGGAAAAGCAUUCAAGCAGCCGUCGGACUUAAAAACGCACAUGAUUGUCCAUACCGACGCAAAAAAUUAUGAAUGUGAACAAUGUGAGAAAAAGUUCAAGUACCAUUCAAGUCUAUCGAACCAUUUACUCGUUCACACUGCGGCAAAAAUGUGAUUAUAAAUCACAGCUAAAACCUCAAGAGCCUUGUGAACACUAACAUCAUAUUUUUGUAACCUUUGGUCUGGACAAAGUCGGACUUUGUCUGAGCCAAACAUAAUUCAGCUAUGCUCAUGAAAGUCUUAACUUACAUUCAUAUUGACAACAGUGAUCUCAAAACAUGUAUUUUUAUGUAAUGUCAUUUUUAACACUCAAAACAUUUAUCGAAUCGAAUGUGUGAUACUGCCUACUAAGUCCGUGAACACACCUUUUUCUCAUGGAAAUUUUAUAGCCUGAGUUUCUAAAUUAACAUUAUGUAAGUUAGGUUCGAAAUUAGUGAUUGUUCUGUCAUUUAUUAGACACUGAGUGGAUCUAUGGAUUAUUUUGUUAUUAUGUUGCUGCUAGUUCUUCGUAUUGGUAUUAAUGUUGUAAAUAAAUAUUCGAUUUUCUCUAAAACCGAAAUAAUUGCUCAAGUUUUCAGUGGUUGGAAAUCAUUGUCGCUGAAAGUUUUUUUUUUAUUAAUUCUAAAAUAGGCUUUGUGGUAUUUAUUUUUCACUUUGAAGUUCGUGACGUCAUCAAAAUUGAAUUUUUCUUUUGAAACAAGAGAGCUAUGC